AUGGACGGUCGAGUGCCCGUCCUCCCGCAGGACAACCAGACAGGAAGGAGAGUCUCUGCCCGCCAGAGGAGGCCUGCAGUCUGCAGACAGUGUUCCUGCUGCAGGGACGACCAGGUGCCACAUACAAAGCGCCGGCGCCCUGCUGCUUCUGCAGACCUUCCCCAGAAAAGGAAGCAGACCUCCGCGGCUCUUCCUCCUAAACCUGCUGACCUGCCACCUGUCUCUAAUGUGGCCUCCAGCCCCCGGACCUCCAAUGCUCCCCUGCACCUCGAAGACCCUAUUAGGAUCCACAACCGCUCAGUCGAGGAGUACCAGCUCAUCUACCAUGAAGUUGUGGAUAACAUGCUGAGGUUCCCGGACGGUCGCCUGCGUCCAUAUAGUUUGGGUCUGGGUCGUCGUAUCAAGCAGAAGCUGUGGGAGCGACUGGACCGUCCGAUGUUCACAGAGACAGUGGAUGAAGACGGUCUGGUCCAUGUGGACGUGUCCUACGGUGCUGGAGUCCAGCCUCCGCUCUACAACGUGGAUGUUUCUGGUGAACCAGAGCCCGAAUAUCCACCAGCAAAAAGGGCAAAGCACUAAGACACACUCUCAUAAGCUGACAUGUCUAAUAAUACUGUGCUUUAAGUUUAGUUUAGUUUUUUUUAAAGUAU